AUGGUGUACGUGAAAGGAGAGGACGGGUUAUCGGUGCAAGACUUGACUAAACUAGACAUUUCCUCGCUGAACCCUUUAUCGCCGGAAAUCAUCUCCAGACAGGCGACGAUUAACAUCGGGACGAUUGGACACGUCGCGCACGGGAAGUCCACGGUGGUGAAAGCUAUUUCCGGCGUGCAGACGGUUCGUUUUAAGAACGAAUUGGAAAGGAACAUUACGAUUAAACUCGGGUACGCGAACGCGAAAAUAUACGAGUGCGAAGAUCCGAAAUGUCCGAGACCGGACAGAUAUUGCGCGUAUUCGAGUUCGAAACCGGACGAUCCGGAUUGUUUGGUGAAAGAUUUUGAAGAUAAGAAGAUGAAACUGAUUAGACACGUCUCUUUUGUCGAUUGCCCGGGGCACGAUAUUCUGAUGGCGACGAUGUUAAACGGCGCCGCGGUUAUGGACGGGGCGUUACUUCUAGUCGCCGGGAACGAGACGUGUCCGCAACCGCAAACGAGCGAGCAUUUAGCCGCGGUGGAGAUUAUGCGAUUGAAACACAUCAUCAUUUUGCAAAACAAAAUCGAUUUGGUUCAAGAAAACGCCGCGGCGAAUCAGUACGAUCAAAUUUGUAAGUUUAUUCAAGGGACCAUCGCAGACGGAGCGCCGAUUGUGCCAAUCUCUGCGCAGUUGAAGUAUAACAUCGACGCGGUGUGCGAGUACAUCGUGAAGAAGAUUCCAGUUCCGGUGAGAGAUUUCACGUCCCCGCCGAAUAUGAUUGUCAUUCGAUCCUUCGACGUGAACAAACCGGGCGCGGAAGUAGACGACAUUCAAGGCGGCGUCGCCGGUGGUUCCAUUUUACAAGGCGUUUUAAAAGUUGGACAAGAGGUGGAAAUCCGACCAGGGAUUGUCUCUAAAGAUGCGGAAGGUGCCGUAACCGCGACGCCAAUCAAAACGAGAAUCGUCUCCUUAUUCGCCGAACAAAACUUGUUGCAAUACGCCGUCCCGGGCGGUUUAAUCGGCGUCGGCACAACGUGCGAUCCAACCUUAACCAGAGCCGAUCGCUUAGUCGGUCAAGUUCUUGGUCAAGUCGGAUGCUUGCCGUCCGUAUUCACCGAAUUGGAGGUGAACUUUUUCUUACUGAGAAGACUUUUAGGCGUCAAGACGCAAGGCUCGGAAAAAGCCGGCAAAGUCUCCAAGUUGAGCAAAGGCGAAGUGUUGAUGUUGAACAUUGGAUCUAUGUGCACCGGCGCGAGAGUCGUCGCGGUCAAGAACGAUUUGGCAAAGAUGCAAUUAACCUCUCCGGUGUGUACCAAAGAGGGCGAAAAAGUCGCGAUUUCUAGAAGAAUCGAAAAGCACUGGCGUCUCAUCGGUUGGGGCUCCAUCCAAAACGGCACCGAAAUCGCCGUAUCCGGAAGCAAGUAA